CUUUAGGGCGGGCUUUGGUUUCCUCGAACAAUGUCUCGCGCUCCUCCAUCGGACGCCGACAAGGGCUCGCCCGGCGACUACGAGCUCGAGGAGGACUCUCUGCAGAAGCUCGUCAACUGCGAGAAUCGCUGCCGCGAACUCCAAGAUCAGAUCUCGUCUCUCGAGCGUGAGGUUCUCUCGUUGGAGGAUCGCCUGGAGAAGCGCCGGUACGGGGCGAGACUGAGCGACGUGGCGUUGGACAAGUGCAUUAGCGCAUGGAACGAUCUGGAGAUGGAGAAAAAAUUCUGGGUUGAUACGUAUGGGAAGUCACCGAGAACUUGGUACAAAGUCGACGAUGAUAUCGAUGCGUUGCGGGCUGAGGUUGGAUCCUUAAAAGAUAGCAGGCAAGUGCUGUGGACCAAUGUGCGACAAAUUCAAGAAGAGGUCAAGAAAUGCAAUGAAGAGAAUCGACGAUUGCUGAAACAGUUGAGCAAGAGGAGAGAUGACAAAGGAUCAGAGGCCGAACACAACAGCAGUGCUGAUAAAAAAUGGAGCUGGAAUAACCGGAGGCCAGCGUCACCUCACCCUCCACCUCCACCACUUUGUGAUAACAUAGGUAGUGCAGCCUUUGACCAUCCUUGUACUACUACCAGGAUGGUUCACAAUGAAGAAAAAGUGCAUCGCGGAGUCGUCGGCUUUGGUGGUUCUGUAUUUGGAUUAUGGUUGCAAAAGAGACGAAGCCGGUGAGAUUGCCAAAAGGUGCUAUUUGAUGAUUACUGGUUUCUUUGAUGUUCGUCUCUUUCUUAAAUAACAUAUGCAGAAGAAAAACACUAGGAUUCAAAGUGCAUGGCAUUGUGGAA